GGAUAUGCUUCAUUAACGAUACUUGAGCUCGUUGAAGCGGACGCCAUUGAUUAUACUCUAACUGUGGUGGAUUCUUCUAAUAGGGAAACAUCAGUCACUGCUACAGUAGAAGUACAAGUUCCACCUGCCAUAUUACUUUCUCCAACUAAUACCACUGAUAUAAUACUAAGCACUGUACAAUUAUCAUGUUCCUCCAGAGGCUGGCCAGCUCCUAACAUCACCUGGCUAAAAGACGGGGCUGAAAUCCUUUGCUCUGACGCUAUUUCCAUAUCAACGUUCAGAGGAGAGCGUCAAACAGUCAGUACUCUCGUCAUAGGAGAACUAAAACUAGAAAAUGCCGGGAGCUACCAGUGUAAUGCUAGCAAUGAGCUCAUUAUUGGAAGGAGUGUUUUGUCUGACACUGCUCUCAUUACUGUUUUACGUGAGUUACACUAUUGUGUGUUCAUGUAUAGAAUGUACAUGUACAUAAUAAUGUAGAUGGUCUUGUAUGAGGGACUAUAUGUACAUAAUGUCUUUAUUUUGUACUUCCUCCCAAUCAAUUUGUAGCACUAUAUGCACAGGUGUACGAUAGUAAAUACUAAUUGUCA